AGGCAUAGUGCAGCAGAAGAAAAUGGACAACAACUGCAUUUCUUUUUAUUGAAACAUCAUGAACAAAGCCACAAGCACGAGAACAACAUCCAGUAUUGAAGAAAGAGACAAAAGAAUAUGAACCUCCAACCAUUCCUAGCAAAUGUAUUAUGUUGUCAUCUUUUGGACACUAGAGAAUUAUUAUCUGUGUCAUGAUAUCUUUCUAAAGCUAAAAAGAAGCCUUCUUGUGAAUUGUGGGUGGAUGAUGUGGACCUACAAAGCAGCCACUUCUGUUAGCUCAGGAAAAGAUAACAAAGAGCAAAUGCCUGCAAAUGCAGGCAGGAAUCUCAGGUCAGAACCUCAUCCAGGUUCUGACAAAGCACUGGAUUUUGCUAUGGUAUCUCCAAGGGUGUCUCCUGCCCUCCCACACCAGACAGAUUGGCUCCAAAACCAAACUCUGUCAGCUACCAUCAUCAAGGCUGUGUGGCGGGGAUAUUGCAGCCGAAGAGAAGUGGACAAAAUUAACAAAGCUGCUGCCAGGAUUCAGGCAGCUUAUCGAGGCUACAGGACACGGCAGGAAAUGCCCUUUGGGUUUCACUAUUGCCCUGCAUACAGUAAGCUUAUAGUAAACGAGGAAACAGAAAAAAAGACAACGGUUCUCCCUCUUGUCAUGGAGGGCUAUGUGUGUUGGGCUAAGGGCUCCCAGUCACCAGUCAUUACCCCUGAAAAUGAGAGGCUGAGAGGUCAAUGCAGAGAUAGACAUGAACCAGGCACUUCUGUCACUCCUGGAGCCAUUACCUUCAAAGCAGAGGUUUCUGUCAUGCCCUGUAAUGUCUUGACCCUUGCUAACAGUUUGCUUACUCCUGAAGUCUUUCAAGCCUUGUCAUCUCAACAGCAAGUUCAUGAUGCUGCAGAUAAAAUUUCGGCUGCGAGGAGAGCUUACCAAAGCAGAUGUAAGCCUGAUAAAAUGAAAAGACAAGCUGAGAAAAUAGCAGAGCUGAGCCAGAUCUUCAUUUACAGUUAUCAAUUCACACUAAACAGUUGUAAGAAUUACCAAAUUUCAGAGUUAGCUAGUGUUACUAAAAUGCAGGAGUGGACCACAGAGCCCCAAGACACAGUGCCACAUCCUGGACAAGUCCUCACUGUGAAGUUAGAACUGAGAAAGGAAAACAAAGACUCUAAUGCAGAGGGCAGUGCACCAUCUCUGAGAAAGAUUAUCGUGCAUACAGUAAUGAAGGGCCUGAGCACCUCCACAAGGCCUGUCUCCCUGCGUGUCUCCAGCACCAAUGCAGCAGUGGAAGGCUUUUAGAGGGCAGUGCGCGGCAGGCAGUCGCAUGGACUGUACACGGUCAGAAAGCAUGGGGGCUCAAAGCUGUCUCAAGUCCGCAUUCAUGUAAAUGUGGUGGAAAUGGAAAGGAGGACAGGCAAGAGUCCAUGAUGGUAGGAAGACGCCAACAAACCCAGAAUCGGAACGGCCCUUGUUCUGCAAAACCUUGCCCUGUACUUGCAGAGCCUGGUCACCACUGGAGCAACUGUCUGGGUGUACCUUGAAAGUGAGUUCCAUUCCGGCAGCCUCCCUCAAGGGUCCCAGGUGGACAGCUGGCUGCAGACUCUGUGCCCUCUGGCCUGUGAAAGUGUCUGGUGCUGCAGAAGCUGCCAAGCUGGGCUAGAAACAUCCCUUGCCUGGAGAAGAUGCGUGUUUUAGGAAGCUGCUGAUGGGAGAGGUGUAUACUGCCAGCAAGGACUGACAGCAGAGAGGAUCGGUGGGGAAGUACCAGGGCAAAGCUGAGGCUCCAGCAGUGCUGCCCUUUCCCACAGCACUUCUGCUCCAGAAGCUGUCCCUUGUCCCUGCAGGGCUGGUGUUUGCCUGCUGGCUCCCUGUGUUGUGUGACAUGGCACAAAGAAGUUUGAGCUGCCCAGAGGGUUCCAGCAUUGCUUGUGCUCAAGCAGCUCUUGGCUCUUUUCAGCCUAGAAUUGCAGCCUCACAUCAGUUACAAACACACAAAACCCAUGGAAAAUCAAAGGAAGGUUCUCAACAGAGAAGAUUCAAGUUUUACCCAGGAAUUCAUUUGCUGUCUCAAGGUGGGUGCUCCCAGUCAUCCAUGGUAUGUCUGGUAAAACAGAGUGUCUGUGUGUACCUGCCUUCCCAAAACGUUGAGGAGCAUGGCUGAAUAAAGGCCUGUAAA